AUGGGCUUGACCGGGGUGGGCUUCACCCAAAUCAACUUGCACCAUAGCAAAGGAGCCUCGGCUGUUCUUGCCAGGCGCCAAGCUGGGGUGCACACAGCCAUAUCACUAAUACAAGAGCCUUGGCUGGUCCGAGGCUGCAUUAGGGGUCUGGCGGAGUGCGGCAGGCUGUUUAGGCCACCGCACGAAGAUUGGCCCAGGGCCUAUGUGGCCGUUAAAGGGCUGGAGAGCCAGCUGUUGCCGGAUUUCUGUUCCAGGGACUUGGUAGCAGUAAUGAUUGAGGACGCCAGCGGGACCGGGAUCAAGGGGAAGAUGGUAGUGGCGUCGGGCUACUUCCCACACGAAGAGGACGAUCCGUUGCCAUCGGACCGGGUUGUACGACUGGUGGAGUUCUGCCAAAAGGAGCAACUUCCACUUAUACUGGGGUGCGAUGCGAACGCGCACCACACGAUGCGGGGGAGCACGGACACCAACAGGAGAGGCAAAAAGCUGUUGGAAUUUCUGCUGUCCACAGACCUAGAGAUUCUCAACAAAGGCAGGGGGCUUUGUCACGGCGUGCAGGAGGUGACCGGCUGGAGGGUCUCUGACGAGCUCUCAUUAUCGAACCACAGACAGAUCAUCUUCAGGCUGGCUAAGGUGCAAGCGAAGGUAAGAACAGUGAGGGAUCCGAGGAAGACGGACUGGGACUCGUUUCGAGAGGACCUAGCUGUCGGUUUUAGGGAGUUUCCCAGAAGACAUGGGACCCCGCAGGAGAUCGAGCUGUGCGUCGAGCACCUGCAAAGAGUUCUCGUCGGUAGCUUUGAGGACAACUGUCCAGAAAAGACAGUGAGGAAUACUAGGGAAGUCGCCUGGUGGAACCCCCAAGCUGCAGGAGCUCAGGAGUGCUGCACGUCGUGCCUGGAACAGAGCCAGGAACACGGGCCGCCAGGCUGA